AUGGAAUCACAGACUCACCUUCAAAGGAUAUUUUGGAGGGAGAGUCCGGAACAACCUUUAAAGGUUUUUACGUUGCAAACGGUUACUUACGGCACUUCUUCAGCCCCUUACUUGGCCACUCGAACCACUCAUGAUGAUGGUUUCAAGUUCCCAUUAGCAGCCACAGCCGUCAGCAAGGAUUUUUAUGUGGAUGACGUGCUGACCGGCACUGAUACAUUGACAGAAGCUUUAGAACUGCGAGAUCAAUUGAUCCAAUUAUGUGAUGGCGGCAAGUUUAAACUCCGCAAGUGCUGCGCAAACCAUCCUUCCCUUCUGAAAAACCUCCCUCUGGAGGAUCUCUGA